AUGAGCACGAAUAUUAGAGUUGCUAUUCGUGUUCGACCAUCACAAGAUGAAAAAGGCAUAUACGACAUUAAUAGGGAUAGUAAUGAAAUAAAUUUACUUGAAAAACCAAACGACAUUUACAAAUUUGAUUACGUUUACGGCCCAGAAUCAACAACUGGAGACAUUUAUUACGAAUCUGUUAAAGACGUUAUAUUAGAAACAAUUCAAGGAAAAAACUCAACAAUCAUUGCAUACGGCAGCACUGGAUCCGGUAAAACUUUCACGAUGACUGGAGAUUCAAAGCACACAGGCAUUAUUACAUUUGCAGUUCAAGAUAUAUUCCAAAUUAUUGGCCAAGAUAUGUCAAGACACUACGGUGUAAGAAUGUCUUACUUUGAAAUCUAUAAUGAAAAGAUUAUCGACUUAUUAGCAAGCAGAAGUACUGCAAAGUCUACUGCUUCUCUUACAUCUGUGUAUGUUGAAAACUCUACAAAUCUUUUAUCUAUUUAUACAUCAAAUUCAAACGAAAGAGCAACAGCAUCGACUAAAGAAAACGAUAGAUCAAGCAGAUCUCAUGCAAUUUUAAGAAUUACUAUUGAAUCUACGAAAGAUAGCGGAUCAAGUUUGAUAUCACACUUGGAUCUUGUCGAUUUAGCCGGUAGUGAAUGCCAAGAAAGAACUAAUGCUACAGGAGAUAGGCAAAGAGAAGGAAGUAAUAUUAACAAAUCUCUACUUGCACUUACAAAAUUAAUCUACACCGUUGCAAAUAAGAAACCAGAUGAAAAAGUAGUAACAAAUAGAGAUUCAAAGCUUACAUUUGUCCUUGCUGAUUCAAUUGGUGGCAACUCAAGAACAGUAAUCAUUACUACAUUAGCAAAUGAAAAGAUUCAUACUUCGACUUCUUAUAGCAGUAUCAAGUUUGCACAGAAUGCUAUGAGAAUCACAAACCAGCCAAAGAUCAACGAAGUUCAAGAAAACAACGUUGACAGAUUACGUAAGAGGAUUAAAGAACUCGAAAAAGAAUUAGAAGACAUGAAGAAUAACGCAGCACAAGCUCCUCAAAUGCAAUCAGAUCCUGCACUUAAAAGAAAACGAGAUGAACUUACUACUUUGCUGAAUAUUACUCUUGGUGGUCAAGUAGAGCAUGAAAGAACAAAAUUUGCAAUUCCUGAAAACAGAGGAACACAAGCAGCAAAAACAAUUGAAAAAUUGAAAUUAAUUGAUGAACUGCAUUUGGCAACAGAAGAUUUAAUGGCAGAAGAAGAUCCUGAACUUUGGAAAGAUAUUCCUCCAGCAGUUUUACCUAAGAGGAAGAAGAAAAUUGCUAAGAAACUCAUAAAUCUCGAAAACACUGAUAUAUCGGAAUUAAGAGAUAUGAAGUAUUCAGUUUCAAAUCAAUCAACUCCAGUAAAUACUGAGCUUCAAAAAGAGAACGAAGAUCUCAAGGAAGAAAUCAGAUUAUUAAAGGAAGAAAAAGAAAAACUCAGUCAUGAUAAAGAUGAAAUUGCAGAAAGAUUUGCAAGAUUACAAGCAGAAGAAAACUAUAAAGAGAAGGUAAUUAUCGAUGAUCUUAAAUCCCAAAUAGUUAAACAACAAACAGAAAUUGAUAUUAGAGAUAAAAAGAUUUCUGACAUGAGAUCUGAAAUGAAAGAUAAAAUGACAAUUGCUGAACGUGAAUACAAUAAAAAGCUCAUGGAAAUACAAAUGGAUUGUGAUAAUCAGAUGGAACUUCAAAACACAAAAAUUGAGGAAUUAAAUGGAGAAAUCUAUGAUUUAAGAACAACAAACAGAGGAAUUGAAGUUGAAUACAAUGCUCUCCAAGAAUCUCUCAAAAUUGCACAACAAAAGCUUUCUUCUUCGGAAAAAGAUGUUACAAACCUAAGUAAAAGAUUGCAAUGGCUGAGUGAAGGAAGAGAAGUGAGUAAAAGACUUACAAUAGCUAGAAUGCAGGAAUCUCCUUAUGAGAGAACAGUUAUUAUAGAUAAAUCUCCUAAAACUAAAUCUGAAAUCGGAAUUCAAAAUGUUCAAGAGGAGAAAAAGGAUGGAAUCUAUAUUGAUUUUUCGGCUUCAUUCGAAAAAUCACUUCAAAUAGAUUAUACAUAUCUAGAACGGGAUAGAAGAAAGCAAAAUUGUAAAAAUGCGAUCAUAUUCGUAAUAUUAAUUGUUCAAAUUGUUUAUAUAUAUUCAAUUGUUAUGUUAUAG